UCAUAUGUAUAUUCUGAGCAUCGUUAAUGUCUGUGACUGUUGCAGGUUGACGUGUGCCAUGUGUCGGGAGGUGGGUUGUCUUGCCAGGAAGUUCUCUGAUACUCUGCUCACCGUUGGGGUUCAGAGAAAAGCAGAAGAGUUGAACCCUUUGGUAGACAGUGUGCUGCUUGAGGGUUCUAACAGCACCACAUACAUCCAGAACGCCUUCCAGCUCCUCCUCCCGGUUCUCCAGAUGUCACACAUCCAGACCCACAGCUCUAGAACCCGCACGGAACCACAGCCCUAACCCUGUCGUAGCCACAGUAAACACACCUCAUACUGCUGAAGUGCUGUUAGCAUACUAGCCAGUCCUAAUGAUGUAACUAUGUACAGGAAGAUAGUGUGAUAUAUAUAUAUAAAUAACAGUGAUACGGAAGUCAACUACUAGGUUGCCAUAGUAACAGACUGACUACGAUAUUUUUUAACUAUUAUAUAAUUCAGUAACUUAGUAUAGUUUCAUGUAGGGAACAACUUCUCAGAUUGAAGAGCUUGUACUCAUGUCUUUUAAGCAUCUCCAAAUUGAUUAUUUUAUACAUAUAUAUAUAUAUAUAUAUAUAUAUAUAUAUAUAUAUAUAUAUAUAUAUAUGUGUGUGUGUGUAUUACUGUUCAGAGGUAAAUCUAAACAUGAUUCAUGUCAACUGGCUAAUUUAACCCGGUGUAUCAGAUUAUGUUUUAUCGUUUUAAAAAGCGAAACCAAAAAAAAUAGUUUUGUUGUUAGAGUUUGUUUUUAGUGUCACGUAAACCAGAUCAGUACAGUGUAAUGUGUUGUUUAACAGUGGCGUACCUGAAGCAAAUUAGGGUUCAGUGCUUUUCUCAAAAGGCACAACGACAUAAAUAAAAAAUGUUUGUUGCUUUGUCAGCUCAGGUGUUCGAACCAGAGACCUUUCGGUUCCUCGGCCCAACGCGCUAACCGCUAAGCUACAUGCCGCAGGUAUUGAUGUUCCCUGCUUAAUGAAGGGGUGUUUCUUUACGCCGUAGAACAGCUAACCUUGUUUAAAUGGUAGAACAGCUAACCUUGUUUAAAUGGUAGAACAGCUAACCUUGUUUAAAUGGUAGAACAGCUAACCUUGUUUAAAUGGUAGAACAACUAACCUUGUUUAAAUGGUAGAACAGCUAACCUUGUUUAAAUGGUAGAACAGCUAACCUUGUUUAAAUGGUAGAACAGCUAACCUUGUUUAAAUGGUUGAACAGCUAACCUUGUUUAAAUGGUAGAACAGCUAACCUUGUUUAAAUGGUAGAACAGCUAACCUUGUUUAAAUGGUAGAACAGCUAACCUUGUUUAAAUGGUAGAACAGCUAACCUUGUUUAAAUGGUAGAACAACUAACCUUGUUUAAAUGGUAGAACAGCUAACCUUGUUUAAAUGGUAGAACAACUAACCUUGUUUAAAUGGUAGAACAGCUAACCUUGUUUAAAUGGUAGAACAGCUAACCUUGUUUAAAAUGGUAGAACAACUAACCUUGUUUAAAUGGUAGAACAGCUAACCUUGUUUAAAAUGGUAGAACAGCUAACCUUGUUUAAAAUGGUAGAACAACUAACCUUGUUUAAAUGGUUGAACAACUAACCUUGUUUAAAUGGUUGAACAACUAACCUUGUUUAAAAUGGUAGAACAACUAAAGAGGACCAGAACUAUAAUGUUCUAUAUUUCUAUUUCUAUGUGUAUUUGUUUUUAGGUCCACUGGUUUAUUAAGUCGUUGUUUUGAUCAUUUAUGAAUCUGCUGCUAUGGUAACGGAGAUGGAAUCUGACAACGGAACCUUUAAUCACAAAAUGCCAACAACAAAAAAUAAAAAUACCUUUUUAAACCUUU